GGAGGAAGGUGUUCCCUGGACAGUCCUGGAGACAGACCAGGUACAGUACGACAGCCCAACAAACCUCUUAUUCCAUGUCAGGCCUUUACCCUAGCCUGCAGACUGUCCCUGGGAGGGGGAGGAUGCACUGGCACUUGGCCUUGAGGGUGCUGACUAAGGAACCUGUGGUGUCUGGGUUGUUGCAAUGUGAACCUGCAGCUGAGCCCGAGCAAACUGGGCUGUGACGGGCGCUGCCAGCAAAGAGCAGCUGUUCCCUGUGCCUUGGAAACCCCUUCCGAGCCACGGAGAUCACGCGCAGCUGCGCUGGCAAGAACCCACGAGUGAAAUGGCUGUUUUGUACUAUUUCUAAACCCUGCAGAUUGCCCUGGUCCCCUCCCCCUCCGUCCAGCUGCAAUGAGUGGCAAGUCCUUGCUCCUAAAGGUCAUUCUCCUGGGAGAUGGUGGAGUUGGGAAGAGCUCCCUCAUGAAUCGGUACGUCACCAACAAGUUUGACUCGCAGGCGUUCCACACCAUUGGGGUGGAGUUCUUGAACCGGGACCUGGAGGUGGACGGGCGAUUUGUGACCCUCCAGAUUUGGGACACUGCGGGACAGGAGAGGUUCAAGAGCCUGCGGACGCCCUUUUACCGGGGAGCAGACUGCUGCCUGCUGACCUUCAGCGUGGAUGACCGGCAGAGCUUUGAGAACCUCACUAACUGGCAGAAGGAGUUUAUCUAUUAUGCUGAUGUGAAGGACCCUGAACACUUCCCAUUUGUAGUCUUGGGCAACAAGAUAGACAAACUGGAGAGACAGGUGAGCACAGAGGAGGCACGGGCCUGGUGCAUGGAAAACGGUAACUAUCCGUACCUGGAGACUAGUGCCAAGGAUGACACCAAUGUAACAGUGGCCUUUGAGGAAGCUGUGCGACAGGUGCUGGCAGUGGAGGAGCAGCUGGAGCACUGCAUGCUGGGCCACACCAUUGACCUGAACUCCAGCUCCAAAUCGGGCUCAUCCUGUUGCUGAGAGUGGCUGCUGCUUUGGGAGCGGCGCUCGAGCCAGCAGCUGGAUCAAACACACCUGGGCAGCCCUGGGCCACUCUGAGGAGGGUGGCCACAAGGACAAGAGGUGGUUUGCUCACUAGGGAGCUGCAGCCUCGCCAUCUGAAUCCUGCCUGGAGUUUUCAGGCACAGAGCAUGUAUCUGCAGGAGGGAGCUGUUAACAGAGCAUGGGAGCAUAGUCUUGCUUCCAUCUCUGCCUGUUUUAGCAGGUUUAAAGGGCUGAGUUAAAGCCCUUUAAAUUCCCUAAAGACAAUAGGGAUUUGUUCUCUACCAAGAACUGCCUGCAGAGCAAAGCUGAGAGCAUCCUAGACACUGAAGUAUUUUAGUCCUGAAAUUAAAAAAAAAAAAAUUAGACCCACUCAUGACCAUACUGCCAAAGGAAAUCCCACUCAACAUACUGAACAAAACCUGUCAUAAAGACUCUGGCCCACGUGACUGUGAGAAAGCCAAAUACUGGAGUGGCUGGGAUGUGUGUCUGUUGUUUGGGAUAAGUGCAUUGUGUCCUGAGGCUGAAUUGUGAUGAGAAUUGUUAGAGCUCUGACCUGAAGCAACAUGUGAAGGAGAGAUGGGCCUGUGUUUGAAUGUGACAGUAUUGUUUCUUCAUAGCCGCCUAUUUCUGGUCUGUUUUUCCUCACCUCUAACUUUGUCUUGUGUGAGUGUUAUUUUUUGGAGAGACUGUCUGCUUGUUGUUUAAUACAUGUUUCCUUGUCUCUUGUGGAAGCUCAGCCUUGAAGCCCUGGGUGAAAAACACCGAUGUGGACGCUCACUGGGUCAUGUCAAAGGGUUACUCAGGAGAUCUGGAGUGUGACACUGGAGUGUGACACUUCAGCUGGUUUCUGUCACAAGUAAUCACUGUGUUCAGGUGAAGUGCUCUAGCAGAGCAGAUGGCGGGUGGGUGGGCUGUCUCCUAGGUGUGCAGCUGGCUGGGGCCUCAUGCGUGGUCAGCUGUUAAACCCGCUCGCUGUCUGGCACCAGUGACCGCUGUGCCUCAUUAGCCGGCACAGCCAUGCCUUCGGUUGCUCCAGUGUGGAUGUUCCCGUGUGAAUGCUGCAGCAUGGAACCAUUCACCUGGUGGGUCAGGCACAGUGCUGCAGGCACAGUUAGCCCCUGCCAUCGGCCUGGCCCUUGAUCCCUCACAGGAAACCCAGGAUGUUUUAUCUGUAAUUCCUGUGACAGACUGGUCAAGUGUCUGCUGGGUAACUGACUGCUGUGUUCAGUCCAGUGGGGAGAAAGCUGUACUGCUUUUUCUGUUCAAGGUGGCUGAAAAACGGGCAUGGGGGACCCAAGGAGCCUUCUGGAAGGGAUGCCAGGCUUUGCUCCCAUCUCCUGCCUUCUGCUAGGUGUUAGUCCCAGGCUGGCUGUGUAGCAGAGAUGAGCUUGCUGACUGCUGUCUUUGCCAUUCAAACCUCGUGUCCUGCAACCUCCCAUGCGAGCAUUUGGCCAAAGCUGUGGCUGCCCACAGGCACGUAGGAGCCUGCCUCGAGCACGUAUCCACUGGCUGCCGAGUGAUUCCCACUGUGAUCAGCUGCUGGAUGGUAAAUUUUAUAGCUCAAAUCAAGCAACCCUCCCUUAAGCUGUGCUUUAGAGCAGGGCAGUCUCUGCCCUGUGCUGGCAGCUCGUCCCCAUCAAGGCACAGUCUCUGAGCAUGCAGAGCAUGAGCAUUUUCCCCAGUUUCUUCUGAGGUGACCCCGGGAGAUACUGCCCUUGUCUGCAGAGCAGCUGUGUGUGGAAGGGACUGGAGUAUUAAUGCUUUAGGGGGAUCUAAUUUCUAAACAGGCCUGAACAGGGCCUGUAUUCAUGGGGAGCGAAUGCUAUGUAGGCAGCUCCCUGAAGGAGAAGGUUCUGCCUCUGUAGGUGAAAGAGAUUUUUACAGGAUGUUAUUGUUACUGUUUGUUUAACUGUGUCUGACCUCCUGAGGCCUCUGAAUUUUUCUUCAUUAGCACUGCUUGAUAUUUCCUUCAAGGUCCCAUGCUCUGUGACCUGUGGUUCCAGUUUCCAUCCCUGGACAGGCUCAUUCCUUGGAGCUGGUUUGUGCAGGGGUUCAGGAUAAGAACAGACUCAAGUCCCUGUGUGUUGUCCCCCUGGCAGAGAGCCUGCUGAGGGAGCUCCCUGCAGGUGAAACUGCCACUUUCCCAUGGAUUUCCUGGGACCUGUGUGAGGACUGGCACCUCCUAUGGCAGAGGGCAGAGAUUCAGCGUGCCACAGUGCAGGAGGCACAUGUGCAGCUGUUUGCAGCACCCCGUGUGUGUCAAUGCUGGUAGCUAAAGCUCAAGAGCCUCGUUGUGCACAUGUUACACAGCACCUUUUAUUUCUAACAGACAUUGGAUCACUGAUUUUUUUUUAUAUUAAAACCCCCCUAUUAUAUUAGGCUUACGUGUUUUAUUUGGUUUUUUUAAAAGGUAGAGUAUAAUAUAUUUCAGUUGUUUAAUUUAUUUUAAAUGAAACGCACAAUUCCCAAAGGAGCCAGGAUUUUGAACUCUGUUGCAAAUUCAGUGCCAACAGCCAUCCCUUCCCGUGUCCCCUCGUGCUGCUGCGGUUGUUGCUAUUGCUACAGAACUGGAAUUGUAAAACCAAGAUUUUACCUUUAUUUAAGCAAAUAAAACAUGGAUGUAUUCAAGUGA